UAUUUAUUUCAAAGGAAUCAUCUGAAACAAUUAAUGAAAUUUGCCAGCAAUCUGCAAUUUCAGUAGCCACCAAGCACAUUACCUGCAUUCGGAUUUUGCAGAGAAGAGAACGCAGAACAGGUUUCAAUAUGACGAGUUGGAUUCAUGAUUCUAACUAUAGACCAGAGCGAGUAGUUGGAGUUGCAGCUGCUGCAUAUGUUGUUAACUCUAUUGAAGAACAGAGCAUUCGUGUCCAGAAAAAGACCUCUUUGAUCAAGGACAAGAGCAGAAAGGAAGAUGCAACGUCUUCAACUUCAAAACAGUCUUUAGGUCAAGGUUCAAAGAAAGUUUCAGAAAGAGCAGACAGCAAAGUGCCAGAAAUCAAUGCUGCAUAUGAAAAGGAACGUAGACGUGUGCCAUCAUUCAAAAGACCUCUUAGUUUUUCCGAUCAAAUGGGCAGCUCUAGCCGCACAGAACCCAGAACUUCCUCGAAACCUGAUACACUUUACAGUCAACCAGAAAGUGCAGCACCGAAACCUGAAAGGGCAGCGCCAAAACCAGACCAUCAUGUCAUGAAACCAGGAACUCCGGCAACAAGACCAGAACUGCCUCCUACUAUUAAGCCUGUGGUUCCAGUGACAGAAGCUGAAAGACAAAGUGCAGCAUAUACAGGGUCAGAUCAGGCAAAAGCAGAUGCUUGGGAGAAGGCUGAGAUGGCUAAGAUCAACGAACGGUAUUCGAAGUUAGAAGAAACUAUAGUGGCCUGGGAGGAAAAGAAAAAGAAGAAGGCCAGAAGCAAGUUGGAAAAAGCAGAGAAGAGUGGGUCGGAGAAAAAGAGAGCAAAAACCUUAACAAAAUUUAGGAAUGAAACGGACUACAUCAAACAAGUUGCAGAUGGAGCAAGAGCAGAGGCAAAGGCAAGGCAAAGAAAUGAUGAGCUUAAAGCAAAGGAAAAAGCGAAUAUAAUUAGAACAACAGGAGAACUUCCAGUGACAUGCUUCUGCUGUUGAAUUUAACUAAUAAUGUAGUGUCAUGAGUUUGAAAUUACAUAUGUGAAUAUCAUUUACACAAUGCUGUGACUAGCUAGAGGAUGCCAAUCACAAGUAGAGACACCAUAAUUUGAAUCAUUUAGCACUUGUUUCGAUCAAGAAGAUUCUUCAAGAACCUUUUGUAGG